GGCCGCUCGCGCCCGCCGCCUAUCGCGAGUCGCGCACGCGCGUCCGGGACUGCCUGCCCCUCUCUGUGACUCGCCUGUGCGUGUGAGUGUAUGUAUGUGUGCGUGUAUAUGUGUGUGUGUGUGUGUGCGCGCGCGCGCGGGUGAGCGUGGAGAGAGCGAGAAGAGCGCGCGAGAGGGUGAGUGUGUGUGAGUGCAUGGGAGGGUGCUGAAUACUCCGAGACACGGGGACCACAGCGGCGGCUCUGCUGAAAACUGCAUCCAGCCAUCCUCCGGACUUCGCGAGCCGGCACAGGGUGCAGGGCAUCGGCAGCCACCAGCAGAAUCUGGGAAAUAGGGAUUCUUCUGCCUCCACUUCAGGUUUUUAGAAGCUUGGUGCUAAAUUGCCGUCUCAAAAUGCAGAGGAUCUAAUUUGCUGAGGAGAACAGCCAAAGAAGGAAGAGAGGAAAAGGAGAGAGAGAGAGAAAAAAAAGGGUAUUUUGUGGAUGCUCUACUUUUCUUGGAAAUGCAAAAGAUUAUGCAUAUUUCUGUCCUCCUUUCUCCUGUUUUGUGGGGACUGAUUUUUGGUGUCUCUUCUAACAGCAUACAGAUAGGGGGGCUAUUUCCUAGGGGCGCUGAUCAAGAAUACAGUGCAUUUCGGGUAGGAAUGGUUCAGUUUUCCACUUCGGAGUUCAGACUGACACCCCACAUCGACAAUUUGGAGGUGGCCAACAGCUUCGCAGUCACCAAUGCUUUCUGCUCCCAGUUUUCAAGAGGAGUCUAUGCUAUUUUUGGGUUUUAUGACAAGAAGUCUGUAAACACCAUCACCUCAUUUUGUGGAACGCUGCAUGUCUCCUUCAUCACACCCAGCUUCCCCACCGAUGGUACACAUCCCUUUGUCAUCCAGAUGAGACCCGACCUCAAAGGAGCUCUGCUUAGCUUGAUUGAAUACUAUCAAUGGGACAAGUUUGCAUACCUCUAUGACAGUGACAGAGGCUUAUCAACGCUGCAAGCUGUGCUAGAUUCCGCUGCUGAAAAGAAAUGGCAAGUGACUGCUAUCAAUGUGGGAAACAUCAACAAUGACAAGAAAGAUGAGACCUACCGGUCGCUUUUUCAGGAUCUGGAGUUAAAAAAGGAACGACGUGUAAUUCUGGACUGUGAACGGGAUAAAGUAAAUGACAUUGUAGACCAGGUUAUUACCAUUGGAAAACACGUUAAAGGGUACCACUACAUCAUCGCAAAUCUGGGCUUUACAGAUGGAGACCUGCUCAAAAUUCAGUUUGGAGGUGCAAACGUCUCCGGAUUCCAGAUAGUGGACUAUGAUGAUUCCUUGGUGUCUAAGUUUAUAGAAAGAUGGUCAACACUGGAAGAAAAAGAAUACCCUGGAGCACACACGACGACCAUUAAGUACACUUCUGCGCUGACCUAUGAUGCCGUUCAAGUGAUGACUGAAGCUUUCCGCAACCUACGGAAGCAGAGAAUUGAAAUCUCCCGCAGGGGGAAUGCAGGAGACUGUCUGGCAAACCCAGCCGUGCCUUGGGGACAAGGUGUGGAAAUAGAAAGGGCCCUCAAACAGGUUCAGGUUGAAGGUCUCUCAGGAAAUAUAAAGUUUGACCAGAAUGGCAAAAGAAUAAACUAUACAAUUAACAUCAUGGAGCUCAAAACUAAUGGGCCUCGGAAGAUUGGCUACUGGAGUGAAGUGGACAAAAUGGUUGUUACUCUAACUGAGCUUCCUUCUGGAAAUGACACCUCUGGGCUUGAGAAUAAGACUGUCGUUGUCACCACAAUUUUGGAAUCCCCAUAUGUUAUGAUGAAGAAAAAUCAUGAGAUGCUUGAAGGGAAUGAACGUUAUGAGGGCUACUGUGUUGACUUGGCUGCAGAAAUCGCCAAACAUUGUGGGUUCAAGUACAAGCUGACAAUUGUCGGGGAUGGCAAGUAUGGGGCCAGGGAUGCAGACACGAAAAUUUGGAAUGGGAUGGUUGGAGAACUUGUAUAUGGGAAAGCUGACAUUGCAAUUGCUCCAUUAACUAUAACCCUUGUGAGAGAAGAGGUGAUUGACUUCUCAAAGCCCUUUAUGAGCCUCGGGAUAUCUAUCAUGAUCAAGAAGCCUCAGAAGUCCAAACCAGGAGUGUUUUCAUUUCUUGAUCCUUUAGCCUAUGAGAUCUGGAUGUGCAUUGUUUUUGCCUACAUUGGGGUCAGUGUAGUUUUAUUCCUGGUCAGCAGAUUUAGCCCCUACGAGUGGCACACUGAGGAGUUUGAAGAUGGAAGAGAAACACAAAGUAGUGAAUCAACUAAUGAAUUUGGGAUUUUUAAUAGUCUCUGGUUUUCCUUGGGUGCCUUUAUGCAGCAAGGAUGCGAUAUUUCGCCAAGAUCCCUCUCUGGGCGCAUUGUUGGAGGUGUGUGGUGGUUCUUUACCCUGAUCAUAAUCUCCUCCUACACGGCUAACUUAGCUGCCUUCCUGACUGUAGAGAGGAUGGUGUCUCCCAUCGAAAGUGCUGAGGAUCUUUCUAAGCAAACAGAAAUUGCUUAUGGAACAUUAGACUCUGGCUCCACUAAAGAGUUUUUCAGGAGAUCUAAAAUUGCCGUGUUUGAUAAAAUGUGGACGUACAUGAGAAGCGCAGAGCCCUCUGUGUUUGUGAGGACUACAGCUGAAGGGGUAGCGAGAGUCAGAAAGUCCAAAGGGAAGUACGCCUACCUGCUGGAGUCCACCAUGAACGAGUACAUUGAGCAGAGGAAGCCCUGUGAUACCAUGAAAGUGGGCGGGAACCUGGAUUCCAAAGGCUAUGGCAUCGCGACGCCUAAAGGAUCCUCAUUAAGAAAUGCGGUUAACCUCGCAGUACUAAAACUGAAUGAACAAGGCCUGUUGGACAAAUUGAAAAACAAAUGGUGGUACGACAAAGGAGAGUGCGGCAGCGGGGGAGGUGAUUCCAAGGAAAAGACCAGUGCCCUCAGUCUGAGCAACGUUGCCGGAGUGUUCUACAUCCUUGUCGGGGGCCUUGGUUUGGCAAUGCUGGUGGCUUUGAUUGAGUUCUGUUACAAGUCAAGGGCCGAGGCGAAAAGAAUGAAGAUGACCUUGAACGAUGCCAUGAGGAGCAAGGCAAGGCUGUCAAUUACAGGAAGUACUGGAGAAAAUGGACGUGUUAUGACUCCAGAAUUUCCAAAAGCAGUGCAUGCUGUCCCUUACGUGAGUCCUGGCAUGGGAAUGAAUGUCAGUGUGACUGAUCUCUCGUGAUUGAUAAGAACCUUUUGAGUGCCUUACACGAUGGUUUUCUUGUGUGUUUAUUGUCAAAGUGGUGAGAGGCAUCCAGUAUCUUGAAGACUUUUCUUUCAGCCAAGAAUUCUUAACUAUGUGGAGUUCAUCUUGAAUUGUAAGGAAUGAUUAAUUAAAAACACAACAUCUUUUUCUACUCGAGUUACAGACGAACCUUGGUGGACAUGCACAGCUACCACGGAAGAACUAUAAUUUGACUGAAGUCUUUGUACAGACAACAAACCUGUUUCUGCAGCCACUAUUGUUAGUCUCUUGAUUCAUAAUGACUUAAGCACACUUGACAUCAACUGCAUCAAGAUGUGACAUGUUUUAUAAAAAAAGACAAAAACAGUGAGAAUAAAAAAAUAUUUUUAGGUAUUUUCACAAACUGGCUUUUAAAUAAAUUUGCUUCCAUAUGGGUUGGAUAAGACAGAAAAAAAAAACAAACAAUUAAACUGAGCGGGAAGUGAUCGAAAAGGAUUUAGGGAUCAGUUCUGUAUUUUUCAAAGCCAAAUAUGUAAAUGCUAAGGAAGGAAAACAAACAGGAGAUUCCAAUCUCGUAAUUUAAUAUUGUUAUUAAAACUUUAAUGUAUCCUAUUCUUUAACAUUUGGUGUUAAUAUAAAAAUUACUUGGCAAUGCUUGACAUUUGAAAUAAACAUUUUUCUACUGUUUUAUUUGCAAGUGGUCCAAUUAAUUUUGCUUAGCUACAGUUUGGUCAUAAAUCAAGCGAGUUUAAAGACACUACCCAGUUGUUAGGUUCCCAGAGAAAACAUCCCCCUUUUAAAAAGGCCGGGAGAUUUUACAAAUCUAAAUCUGCCCCUUAAUAGUAUCUGAGUCUGUUUUUCAUACAUCUCACCAUAUAUAAAUAAAUAUUUGUUAACACAAAGCAUUUAAUCUAUGUAGAUAAAUGCUAAUAGAUCUAAAAAGCUAAUAUUAAAAAAAUAAAUAUCAGAAUAGGUGAGAUUCCAUUUUUCUGGUGUUUGAGCUUACAGAAGUAUUAGUAGUAGGUGAAGUCAGAUAUGCCUUUAAAGUAGCUUUCUAGAUAGUUGUCCACUGAUCAAAUCUUAUAAACUUAAACUUUUCGUUUUACAAUUAUAAUAGCUGUUGUAAACUUUAUAUAUCAUGAGUAUUUUAAACACGUUUGAGUCCCCUGAAAUGUAGUUUCAUCCCAUGGCCAUCAAUAAAACAACCCUAUUGUAUUAUUUUUAUAUUUAUUCUGCUGGUGGGAUGGCUACUUUAAUACGCCCAGCGUGGAAAAAAUACCACAUUUCCGUAACAUUGGACUAAAGACCAUCUAUUUCUCUAGGCAAUAAAUUUAAAGUAUCUACCUUUCCCUUCAUAAAAUACCUUUUAUUUCCUAUAAAGCCCCCCAAAUUCAUAAUUUAAAGUUUAAUCAAUUACAAACAAAAACAUCUGAUAGUUAUUUUUAAUAUUUGUUUUCUUAUUAUUUCUGCAAGUAAGCCUUUGAUAUUUACAAAGUUAAAAUGUUCUUAUUUAUUAUAUUUCAAAGAAGGGAAGGAAAACUGUAGGGCUGAACAGUAACCGCUUGCACCAGACAUGGUGGCACGUGGUAUCAGGGUAUUCUUCACUAAAUUUAACUGUCCCUAAUGACAAAUUCCAAAAUAAUACAAUAUAAUUUUAGUGCAUUUCUCCUCAUCCUGAAUGUUGGAGGUGCAUUUUAAGUUUAAAUAAUAAAGGCUAGAAUGACCAAAUUGCAGACUAAUUGUUUCCAUAUUGUACUUCAAACGAGUUUUUAAAAAUGAACCAGAUACGACUAUAGAUACUUAAUGCUGUUUAUUGUACCUCUGGGCCUACUCUUCUAAAAAUUGUAGCUUAUCAAUUUUUCUCUGUCAAGCUUGAACUUAUGUAAAUACCUGAAAUAAUGUAAAGUUAUAUUUUCAUGUUUUUAUAGAUACAUGACAAGAAUACAUAAUGUAAGAGUAUUUCAACUACGGAUAAUGUUGACUGGAUAAUGCACAUCUCAGUUACAGUCAGUAAUCAUAGUUUAAUAUCCAUGUAACGGUGCAUCAGUAUAUUGCUAUAUAAAUAUGUCUGUGUGCAUAUUAGUGAAAAGUGGUCAAACGAGAGUGAUGACAGCUGUCUAAAGGUUUUUUUAUUCAUUUUAUAUAAAAACUGUUAUGGAAAGACCAAAAUGUUUAUGAACUAUUCUUAUGUAAAUUUACAACUGUCCUUUACUGUACUUUUCGUUUACCGUAUAGUACCUUAUUUUCUGCUGUGUUAAGUGAGUGUCAGACUCCAAGGAGACAUACACUUUCUACAACUUCUAUUGAAGAUAUUGGAAGUUCCAAUUUUUCAUGUGUACUAUGUCAAAAAUGCUUUUGAUUUCAUUUUUAAAUCUAACAUCGGAUGGCUUUUCCGGAGUGUUGUAAAAAUUUCAAUCAUACAUAAAACAUGUUCUUACAAAAGGCAAAGAUCUUUAUUAUUUGUUUUUACUAUUAAGUACUUCCAACUGAUAAUAAUGGGAAACCAAAAAGUGUAUUUAACUUUAUUCCAAAACAAACACAACUGUUUCUUCUGUUGGAGGAGAUCUUUGCUCAGUUUCUGUAUCAGCUGGGUACAAAAUGUAAUAGGAAAAGACAUAACUGUUUUGUAAGCUAAAAUGAUUAAUAAUUCUGGUUUCCAUACCUACAAUCUUUAGGUGUUUGGGGCAUAUGUAGAUAUACAGGUAUCAAUUACAUUACUUAUUUUUGACUGAUACACUCGGCUGCUAGAAUACCGCACAUUGCUACCAUCGGCCAUCCCCCGGUAUAUUGUCAGCUUAGCUGCAGUGACAGUCAUAUUAAAGGGCCAAAAGUUAACUUCCUUUAAAAAUUCUAUGAUUUGCAUCAGAAUAUAAAUCUAUUUAUUGUUUUACUCGAAGAGCAUAUUAAUGAUAAACUACAACUCUUGCCGUUUUUAGUGAAGUAUUUUUACAAAGGUGAUCAUUCUAAUAUAUUAAAAAAUCCUAUUCACAUAUAUUUCCAAAUUAUUAAGACAUUUUAGUUUUUUAAAAUUGCAAGUUAAUUUCUGUUACUUUUGUGGAUUUUCAUAUAUGUAAUGUUUAUUACAAGUAUAAAUGCAUUUGCCUAAAAAUAGUUAUCUGACCUUUAAAUCUGCACAUACUCUAAAUAUUUUGGUUGUCUUGAUAAUUAAUAGAGCAAAUAAAGAAAAGAAUUAACAAUAUAACAACCCGACAGGAUCAUUUCCAAUACAAUACCAUGGAAAUAUAAUUGAAGAAACACUUGUUGAAAUGAAACAGGACACAACCCAAAGUGAUUUCUUUUCUCUCUUCUCGUAAUUCCUUAACUCAACAUAUCCUAGAAGUAUUGUUCUAUCAAAUUUAAACAAAUAAGUAUUACUUUUAUUUUAGAAUGAAUUUCUGGGUGUUUAAACUUGUUUCUUGCUGGGUAGAGUUGAUUAUGUAUUGCGUUCUGAAAUCUUGCUAGUCUGGCAUAUAAACUGAAAUGUCAUUCAGGCAGAUAUUCCUUUUAACUCAAAUGAAAUGAGUAUUAAUAGUUAUUCUUAAUGAAUUAGUCACAUAAGUUGUCUAUAUGAUAAAUUGUAAUUCAUAAUGUGAGAUUAUUAAUAAUAUUCUAGGGGCUUUGGAGAGUUCAUUGGUUAUGUUUCAUAAAUCUUAUAUGAACUCUAAACAAGCUUAUUGAAGGAAAUAUCAAAAUGACAUAAAUUGGAGUUUAAAAGCAGAGUAAAUUUUAUGCAAGGAGUUCUAAUACUUAAAAUUGGUUUAAUUUUAAUUACCAACACAAAAGAUGGGUAAGUAUAAUUGAAUCAUCACGAUAAGGUUGAAGGGAAAUUUAGAGAUGCAUUAAAAAGGUUUGUCCAAGUUGUAUCAUAUUUAAACGGGGGGGGAGGGUAUAUUUAUUUUCCUAAUGUGUUGUUUUGCCUAGCUAGAACAGACAGCAGGAAAUUCCAUUAGGUACUAAUCAGUAAACUAUAUGUUCUCCAUUUCUAUGUUUUAAAACAACUCAUGGAGAGCAUAUGACACUCUAUGUGCACACAGGUUCCAACAUGUUUAUAUAAACAUGGUGAUGGUCAAACACACAGACUAACAAUGCCCUAAGAUCUGAUGAAUACAGGAAAGAGCAAAUCUGGAUCAUAAGAGCUUGUUUUUGAGUCUUACAUCGUGUCUGUUCAUUUCCUUCUUGCU